AUGUCCUCCUAUGUACCAAACUCCAAGAUUCCAAUGGAGAAUUUGCUCCAGGAAAUGGAGUUCGCUCGUGGCCGGCCAGCUAACCCUCAUGGGGACAUCAUCCUACCUUCGUACAUUAUCGAUCAGAGAGUAAUCAAGGCCAUCGAGAGAGAAAUUUUUGACUACGUGGAGUCCUACGCUCGAAAAUGCCCCAAUAACACAUUGCGAUAUUUCUUCCUUGAGGACAUCACGAGUUUGAAGCCCGUAAAAAGGCAUAUUACAGUUGGCACGCUGUUGGGCUAUGCGUGCCGCUAUCGGGCUCAUGAGUGCAUCCGAGUUCUCAUGCAACACGGGGCGAAACCUCUGCAGCCUUCCUACAUACUAGAUUGGAAUACAUCGAAGGAGGGUGCACAGACGAUGGAGAUAACUGAAGUGCCGUCCAUUGCGCUUCUCGCGAGCAUGUUUCAUAGGUGUGACAUAAAGACGCUGGCCAAAACCUUCAACUACUUCAAGGAAGAAGAUGUGGAUUUUAACAAGAUUGUAGAAAUCAGGCAUCAGGUGCUUCAACAACCGAAGGGCACAUCAACGAAGACAAUCCAAUUCAAAGAUGCCUGGGAAUGUCUGGAGAAGGAGAUUGAGAAAACGCAAGGCGCAACACUGACGACCGCAAAGGCGAGCUUAAAGCAAAUCCACAGCGCCUACAAUACAGACCAAUUGCAGCCCCUGUUCGAGAAGACCAAGCCACACAAGGGAAAGUAA